AUGUCGACCUCGACAGCGACCAGUCCGCAGCUCCCCGCCACCGCUGCGCCUGUCCCGUCUCAGCACGCCAACCAAGUCCAGCAAAUCCAGCAGACUCCAACCACCUCCUGGAAGGACCAGAUCUAUUUGGUUUUCAGCGUCGCUACCCUCGGGUUCCUCUUCUACGGCUCCGUUGCCGCCGCUGGAGGCUCGUUCGCGGCGGUCACGCUCUUUGCCUACAAGCUGAAGUAG